AUGGUUCAAAAGCUUCGUUCCAGGGAACCGACGAUGGCCGAGUUGUUCGCGCCACGGAUCAAAGAAAGAGGUUCGAUAACAGCCGAUCAGGCGCUCAUUCAUAUGGUUAAGGUUAUGAUGGGGACGGGUAUGCUAUCAUUGCCGUUAGCUUUCAAGAACUCUGGGUUAUGGCUUGGCAUGGUUCUACUGGCCUGUAUCUGUUUGAUCUGUAUAUUCUGUACACGACAACUCGUCUUCGCACAACACUACAUCGGUUAUCUGAAAUCUCAACCACGAUUAGAUUAUGCAAAUGUGAUGCGAUCAGCAGUCGAAAUCGGCCCUCCAUGGAUACGAGAUCAUGGAUACUUUUGGAAACAAAUCGUCAACGUAAACAUGUUCAUGGCGCAAUUCGGCUUUUGUUGUGUGUAUUUCGUUUUCAUGGCGGACAAUCUGAAGCAGUUUUUCGACCAAACAUCACAAAUUCACAUUUCACAAGCCGGCUGGAUUGCAUUGCUAGCAGUUCCAAUCAUGGCGCUUUGUACGAUCAGAGAAUUGAAGGCUCUGGCUCCACUGGCUGCCAUCGCAAACAUAGUUUACCUGGUAGCCGUUUGCAUCGUACUGCAGCAGCUGUUCCUCUAUGACCGUUCCGCCAGCUCACUACCUGCCGUCGCCAACUGGAAUACACUGCCGCUCUUCUUCGGCACUGUCAUGUUCGCAUUCGAAGGAGUCGCUGUGGUACUGCCGAUUGAGAAUCAAAUGGAUGAGCCACUACAUUUCAUCACUCAUAAUGGUGUACUGAACACUUCAUGCUUACUAGUACUCAUUCUCUACAUGACUGUUGGAUUCUUUGGAUAUCUACGGUUUGGUAACGACAUUAUGGACACUCUUACGCUAAAUCUACCUCAGACAAAUUUCUAUCAAGUAAUUAAGUUGAUGUUCGUUGCUUGCAUAUUGGUCUCAUACCCACUUCAAUUCUACGUUCCUAUGGAACGUAUUGAAAAAUGGAUUAAACGCAAGGUGAACUCAAUUCACAUCAACGAAGUGGAACCUCGUAAACCCAAUUCUUAUCAUUUUCAGGUGGCCGUGGAACGGCAGGAAAAACUCAUCUACGGCGUACGUAUGGCAGGCGUUAUUUGUACUUGUUUAUUGGCCGAACUCAUACCACAUCUGGCGCUGUUCAUCUCGCUCGUAGGAUCGGUUGCUGGCACCUCACUGACUCUAGUUUUCCCUCCAAUGAUCGAACUACUUUGCUGUUACUCAAAGGAUUCGCUGACAUCAUGGAUAUGGACUCGUAACAUUAUGCUUAUGAUGUUCGCAGUGGUCGGUUUUGCCACCGGUACUUACGCCAGUAUGGUACAAAUCGUUGAUGCAUUCGGAAAACCGGAUGUCUGA